CACGUCGUUAUGGUAUACUUGAUAUUUUUUUUAUAGUGUAAAUAUUUUGUUUACAAUUUUUCAUGGUCCGUAGCGUACCUGGCAACCUGGAUUAUUCUCUGCGAAAUUUUAGCUUUUUUAGUGUAACUUGCGGGAGAGACCAAAUCAAGAUGAAAGACUUAAAAGUUAAAUAACAUGUUUACUAUACUUUGUACUGUUUUUUUUUGUCAUAGCCAAAUCUGCUACUACUUUAAGUUUUCAAUCAAAUGUUUAAUGUAUUGAUUCCAAAAUUUGUAACUUGGCUGCAACACUUUUACGUAUAAGGCCAUUUAUAUUUGUUAUUUGAUACCGUAAAAGAGAAAUUUAGGAUCCAGAGUUUCUUACCUUAUUUUUUUCUAGUGUUACCAUUGUGGAAGUAUUGAAAUGUGUGCCUAUUGCAAACUCGGCCUAAAUACAGCACAAGAAAAAGUCAAUAUGUUUUAAACUUUGCCCGUUUAUAUAAUUAGGGAUGAAAUAAAAUAAGAAAAUAAAAAUAAAAAGUAGAAUUUUAUAGCGCAUUAAGUUGUUGAAUUUAUUUCGGAAUAUAGUCGUUUACAGUGUCUUUGUGGAUGGUUUAUUUUAUUUUCCUAAAUGUUUUUUUAGGUUAGGCAAAAUGUAAAUUUAAAAAAAAAAAGUAAAUAAAAGAAGUUUAUAUCAAGCAUGGUAAUGAAACAUUCAAAAAGUUAUCCUGAUUUGCUCAGAGAUAAAGGGUACAUGAGUUGUUGUGCACAGAAGGGAGAAGCGUAUAAACCAACCAUGGUGGAGCAAGUGGCUAACUGCAUUACUCAUGGGAUAUUCGUGAUUCCAUCCAUUGUUGCUUUAUAUUACAUGUUAGCUCAUUCAACAUCUCAUCAACAUUAUUUUUGCAGUCUUGUUUAUGGCAUUGCUUUGGUGAUGCUGUUUACAGUAUCCACUACCUUUCAUGUUCUGUGUUUGUUUACAUCUCAAAGGACUGACGCAUGGCGAAGGAUGUUCCAUCUUGGUGAUCGCUUUAUGAUUUAUGUUUUUAUUGCAGCUUCUUAUAUGCCAUGGUUGAACCUUCAAGAUUUUGGUGAUUAUGGUUAUCGAGUAUCGACUGUAGUUUGGGCAGCUGCUGUUGCUGGAGUUGUUUAUUCUUUCCUCUACCAUGAAAAAUAUAAAAUGUUGGAGACUAUUCUCUACCUGUGCUUAGGCUUCCUUCCUGCUAUUCCAUUGGCGUCAAGGUCUGUUACCGGCAUGUUUGAGCUGGCAUGUGGAGCAGUGUUGUAUAUCAUUGGUGUGAUUUUCUUUAAAAGUGAUGGUAGAAUUCCAUUUGCACAUGCAAUUUGGCAUAUAUUUGGUUCUACCGCUGCCUGGGUGCAUCAUUAUGGUACCUGGACCCAUUUUUAUCAGAAAGAGAAGUUACUAUGAAAUUACUUCCAAUCAUAAUGGACGGUUGCUUAUAACUUUUGUGAAAAAUAGGUAUUAGUAGAUUUUUUUUAAAAACAAAAUUUUCCGUAAAUUUUGCAUCAGCUGGUCUGGUUAGGUUUUUAGGAUAUACACUUUUUUAUUGUUAUGUGGUAUAGCUGAGUUUAAACUGUUUCAUGCACCACCAAAUAAAUUAUUUUGCGUAUUGUGUGUUGCGUGUUGUUUUGUUUUGUGUUGUGUGUUGUUUUGUUAUGUUUGAAUUAAUCACAACAACCAAAACAUUUACACAACAAUAAGAAAAAACUUUUUGAGCCUAAAGUUGGUGUUUCAAAGAUGAUCUAAUACUGCAUUCUCUCAACCUAUUACAGGAAGGCAACUUAUAACACUAACUCUUUCAACAAAAAAGAGGAUUGAAGGAUUUUUCUAUUGUUUUUUAAGUUUGCGAAACUAAAGGAAAUUUUAGAUAUCAGUUGAUUAAAAAUGAAUCUCUGAUCGUCCACAUAGUUACCACAUAUUCUUGGACCAAAAAAAAAUGUAAUAUUGAGUAAAUCUCAAAAAUGUCUCAAAAGCUGCUUCAUGGAGAACGUUCAAAAUAUUCUAAUGCUCACAAAUACAAUAAUUUUCUAUCCAAACAUAAGUUUAUCCUUACUCUAGCUUCUAACUCCUCUGAGAUUUUUACGUUCUGUACUUCCCUCUGUAGUAGAAAAACCACAGUCUAUGCCUAAGUUUUGAAACACAGGAAUUAGUGCCAUAGCACCAUCAUUAUAAGCAAUAACAGCAAAACCUACUGAAGUUUUAAAAACACUAUUUCCAACAUAAACUCUCUUGGAGCACCUUGUCCAAACUAAAUUAUUAAGAGAUUGUUCACAUUUUGCGUUUGGCCAUCUUGACAUUUCUCUAAAAGUACAUCGCUGCCAAGGCCUUUAUAAGAAAAUACUGGUGAAAUGAGGUCAAAGAUUGCUUCGUAUACACUGACUUUCUCCUUGUUAGUUUUUUUCACCAAUAAUCUUAUCCUUUUGAAAAUUUACAUCAUAACUCCACAGUACUUGACAAUAGUGAUGUGGCUUUUCUGGAUUUUCGUUAUUAGUUGAAUGAUGUAAAAUCGCAGCGAAAGCUUUCUUCAUAGCACGAAUAGCCAAUCCAUAGUGGUUUUGCAGAGUAUUCGUUACUUUAUCUGUCAACCUUCCUUUCCCACGUUUACUUCCUUUACCAUCAGAAAAUUGUUUCCCCUCAUAAUUGCUUUUUAUAGACUUGAACCAACUGUUAUUUGCACAUGGCCAAUACAUUCUCAUUUGGUAAUUCUGUGACCUGGAUAAAGAUUAUUAGAUUUUGAAAUCUCAUCAAAAGAUUUCGUAUCUCCAUCAGCGUACACUAAGAAAAACGUAAACAAAACUGAAAUCAAAAAUUAUGUGUAAAGCAAACUUUCGAUGUACUUAGGUCUUUGUCCUUAACGCUAGCUGUUGAGAUCAAUGCGAUUUAAUGAGUCUAUCAAUCGCUUCUAUUGGAUACGUUUCUAACGACUGCGCGAGUCUUGCAGAAAAUCCCUGACACGCCUCUUGUAUGAAUUUUUCUUCGACAGCAUCGGUCUCCUGCUUUCUGUGUACGGCUGUAAAAAAAUUCUCGAUCGGAUUUAGAUUACGACUGCGAGCAGGUAUGUUGAAAAGCGUGACACCAACAUCUUCCAUUGCGGAAUUCGCAAGUUUAGAAUUUAGACAGGAAUCACCACGCUGUAGGAAUGCUUCACGAACAGAACUUUUGGCAAGUACUUGUUGAAGUUCUGUGAAUAAAGUCGGCAAAAUAUUUACCAAUUAUUCUUUCUUCGUCUGGGUGAUAGCAGAUUACGCUCUUGUCUUAGCAACUAUAAAAUGUGCCAUUCUGCCACCAUUACCAGCCUUUGGGCGAAAACAAGAGAUUGAGCCCCCUCAACCUGCGUGCUUGAUCCUUAGGGCUAAACUUAUGCACAAGCCUAACACCGUUCAAGUAAAAAACUGUUUUUUUCUUUUCAAAGUUUUGGGACCUGGUAGCCGUUUUACUUUUUUAGCAAAGUAUAAUCUUAUUUAAUUUCCUUUUUGGUCAUAACAUCGGCCCUUAUGUUUGUAUCUUUACCCGUGCGACUUUAAGCAGCGUCUAACGGAUUGGUCUGGUUUCUAUUUUUAGGCGUUUAACCGUUAAGAACCGUACUCCUCUCGAGGUCGCGGUAUCCCCCUCAGUAUCGAUGUUUUAGCCUAAUUUUAGACAGUCUGCCUCUGUUCAAUUUUCUACGAUCGGCUGGAUGUCCGUGUCUCUGUACACGGUAGCCCCUGAAUACACAAAGAGCUUUCUUUUACGAUAUCUCCACCACUCAUACCACACUCUCUGUGUAGACAGCGAAUAUAUGGACUCUCUGGUUGACAUUCUUGUUCGCUUUUUGUUUCCUUUUCCUCUAAGGGCCUAAAAAUUUUCACCAGCACCCUCCAUUGCAGAUCAUUUUUGUGACACCAUUCGUUAAAGAAUUUGUACGUUUUGACAAGGCGACAACAAUCUUUGCGGUCGAUUGGGUAGGAGUACUUUUUUCUUCUAUGAUAGAUGUGUUACGCCACUCAUGCUUUCAAUAGCUGUUUUUUCAUAUGCUAUGUUCGUAUCUUUAUGUAAGAGGAUAUAUGCUUUCCUUUCUAAACCGUACAGAUACAUUGGGAACAUUUUUUAAUUGCAUUAUGUCUGUGGCCUAUUUUUCUAAAGGCGAUUACGGCUUGUACAUUGGUUUUGAACUUAUUACGACCAGCUGUUUUUUUUUAUUCUGAUGAAAUUGAUUGCUGAUUGAUAAAGGUGAUGAGGCUUCUUCUAAUGUGAAAAAUGCAUGACUCCACUUUCAUGCUGUGAAAGAAAGAGUGUACUAUAUGUAAAACAUUCUAAUUUUAGUAGAAAAAAUUAUGAAACAUCCCGUGGGAAACCAAAUAAAUUUUCUAACAGACUGGCGCAAUUUUUUUAGUAUUCUUGUCGAAAAUAACACUUCUUUUCCCCCUAAGUACCAUAAACUGUCCUAUUAAAUCCAUAAUAGAGUUACCAUUUUGUAAGCACGAAAUAGGUUGGGAGAAAUUGGUAUUAAAUCAACGAGUUUUUUGACAUAACAUCAACACCGCGGACUUUAUCCACAGGGAUAGCUUCAAUUCGUGUGACUUCAGCAUGCGUUCAUCUAUAUCACUUCUGUUAAAUUAAAAAUACAAUUUAAUUGUAUUAAAAAGACGUCAGAGGCAAUGAACACGAAUGAUAUUGUGUCUAUGAUGAUAUUUUUGUCAUUCUCCAUGUGGACUUCUUGUCACCUGUCAAUCCGAAAUGAUGACAGGAAAGGAAAAUAUUAUCAAGCAUUGGUGAUUAUAUGUUUUCUGCGUGAGUGAUAAAUUAUUUCAUAUACGUUGUGAAAUUAGUGUCAUUACCCACAAUGCAGUUCAAUCCGUGUCUCAAUUUGUUAUUCUACUUUCGUUCUCCGCCGGCUAAAAACUAGAAAUGAAUUUUAUAGCGCUAUUGGCAAUGAAGUAAACGUAGAAAACGUAUGGAACAGUGCAAAAUUUAUUAGUUGGUGUUAUAUAUAUGCUUGUCUUUUCCCUCGUUUCGAAUGUAUAUAUGCUCAUACGUAAAAAUAUUUUAAUACUAGUUAGAAAUAUUUUUAUAUUUUUUAUUUGUUGAUAAUUUUUUUUUAUUUUCAAAUGUUUGGUUUCGUCAUGAUAAGUAAAAAGUUUGUGACAAAAAACAGUAGCAAAUAUUUGUGGUUAAGAGAGGUGUGGAAUCUCUCUGCUUGUUUUUCAAUUUUACGUACUCUUACUACAAGGUACAAAGUAGCUCUAAAGGAUGUUUAAGUCGUACUUAUUGGUUAGAAACUUUAGUCCGUUUUACAUGUAUCCCACAUUAACACUGACUUUUGUUUAAAUAUUUUAGUUCUAAAAUAGACUCGCCAAUCUCUCUUUAUACUAUUCUUAAAUUUUCGGCUGACGUAAAAAAAGCCGAGUAAGCGUUUCUGUUUGUGUUGAUCAUGUGAAAAUGUCUCGUUUUUUUAAUGCAGAACGGCUCCAUCGUUAUCUCAUAAUCAUCCGUUAUAUCAAUAAAAAAUAUUUUAUUGCUUCCAAAAAUUUCUUGCUUGUUUACUUGAUAUUAAUUUAUUUAUUUGUGUUUACUUAACGGUGUGUUUAUGAUGGAUUAAAAAUACAUUUUUCAUAUAUUUAAUAUAAAUUAGUACAAACAUGUGGACGCUAUUAAAAUCAUAUGCUAUUUGUUUACACGCUCUCCUUCGUAGUGUGUUUUGUGGAAUUGUGGAGUUUUACUAGCUGUUUUUCUUCAAAACCCUUUUUAGACCUUUAUAUUUAGAUUUUGUUCCAGUAAUUUUCUGUAACACGUCUAUUUUUGAUGUAGUUGUAUAAUUUUCGUUCUGGAUGUAAUAAAUUCUAUUUUCUUUA